AUGAUUUCGCAAUCAAGUUGGGCUACGGCAAGCACAGUAAAUACGAAGAAGAAGGUUUGGAAAGCAAUAAUCGAGAUGAAGGUAGUUGAUUAUCCGGAGGUUAUAGAUUUGUAUGAUGAUCUGUGGAAUGAAAUCGGAAAGAUGCAAAAACCAGCUCGGAAGCAUUAUGAAUGCAAGAAAAUAAACGAUUUUUGCAAGGAUUGGCUUGAUAAGCUUCCAAAAAGUGGGGAAUGGGCGAAAUUUAAGGACCCGAAAGUCUUGGAUGCGACAAUAAAGUUAAGAGCAGAACGGAGAGCUGCGAAUAAGAAGGAACAAGAAGCUCUUGUGGAGAUGUUGCUGGGACUUUACGCAAGGAAAGAUUUGUUGCAUACGAGGAUAAAAUUAUGUCGAGCAAUGCUUUGGCGAUGUCAAAAGGAAAAAUGCGGAUUGAAGACUAUCAAGAUCCUCCUAGGCAAAUUUGUAGACGACGAAGAAUUCUUGCGUGAAAGAUGUGCCGAUGAGUUGUCAUUCUGGCUGAAGAAGAACAAACCCAAAACAAAAAGAAUGAAAUGGAUAUGUCCAAAAAAGGUGCAGCAUCUUGCAAAGCGUCGAAGACCUUGA